UUUCUCCUUGCACUUUCCGCCUGUGGGCUGAGGGAUGCGAGAGAUAGGACUCGGACAAACCAGACGCCCACGGCGUGCCAGAUGUUUACCACCGGCGCGUUGAAGAGCUCAUGGCUUCGAAGCACAACUGUGCCAUUGAACCGGACGCGCGAUCGUAUUCCAGCGCGGGGUCAGCUUCAAGCUCGUUGGACUACGUUUUGACAGGAUAUACAGCUAAAUCUAUCCCGAUCCGUCUUACAGAGUGGCACCGCGAACUGGUUGGUCGACUGGGUGCUACUAUAGUCAAUAAUCCCCUUCAGAAUGGGAUUCGGGAUGCCGCAGUUGAGGACACGAAGUCCGCCUCGUCGCAUGGUUCGAAGCCAUACACUGAUUCUGAGAUUCUUGCUGCUCUCGCAGCUGAGGAUGCCCGUAUAGUCAACGGCAUCUCUCCCGAAGAAGCCCCCGCCGCGAUUCGCCAACGAUACGACGUCCUCGACAAAUGCCUCCAGGCCGAGAAGAACGCUGUUGAGAAUAUCGCAGCUACAGAGAAGCGCAUUGGCAUCCGUUCAGCUCAACUCGAGCGCGUCUCUGCUUCCGUCAAUGCAAUUCUCGAGAUGAAAGCCCGAAAACAAAACUAUCGACGCGAGGAGAUCUACAGACACGUCUCCCAGCACUUGCGGGAACUCAAGGAAAAGGGAGAGGCGAAGCAUGAGGAGACGUGGGAGAUGGCGCUCCAGCUUGCCAGCCUUCUGACAAAGGAAAGGGAGCUGGAGUCGAAGAUGAAGGAAGAGGCGCAAAAGGUCGGCGUAGACGGGGUUUCUGAGGCUGAUGAGAUCGAGAGAGUCCUGCAGCGCUUGCUUGAGAGCCAUGGAGUUUUGGUCGAUGAUGCUGAGGACUGCUUCUUUUAAUGCGGGGCAAGUGAGGGGUGCUUGAUGACGCUGAGCCGAGGUUGGCCGAGAAUGCCUCUUGUCCAGCUAACAUACAAAGCAAGCUGUGUUUGAGUUACAAAGUUGUACGGUAAAGACUCAUCCAGACAGCACAGGUUUGGGCAUGCGACUGCUUCAGCAUCACCGAGUGCAGUGUGCCUGAAGGGUCGGCGGCUAAGCAUAU